UAGGUGAGACUGAAACAGUGUUAAAGUACAAGCAAACCAAGCCACAUCAAAUUCCUUGUUUUUACUUUAGUUGUUGUGGGUUUUUAUUUUUUUUUUUAAUACAAAAUAAUUAAAAGAAUGACACUCUACUCAUUAUGCUGCCCCGGGCAAAGUCUGAGUUGAAUGGUUCUCUUGAUGCUUGACACCAGAGCUUUCACUCGGUCAUUUUAGGCACCCUUGGGCUUAGAAAUAAGAGAUGAGAAAUGGAUUUUCAGGACAGAUACUAGGAGACACUCAUAUACAUGAACACCAGCCUUUCUUCAACUGAGGUUUUAGUGUUUGGAAGUUUUCAAGGUCCUCUUUUUUGGGUAUAAAAAGGUACUCUUUUUUAUGCUUGUUUUCUCAUUUGUAUAGAUAAGAGUUUUCAAGUUUCUAUAUUUCUUUUCCUUUUUUCUCUGGGAUUUUUUUAUCUGUAUUCAUGAGAUAGGAGAAUAUCUAAAGAUAUAUAUCUUUUUGUUUCUUUCCGUAUAUUUCUGGGAUUUGUUGUCGUUUGUAUGGCUAAUAGAAUAAGUGUCUUGAAGAAAUUUUAGGUUCUUACUUUUUAAAAUCUGUAUUUUCUUAAUUUAGAUUACUAUUCAAGUUUGUUUUAUCUUAGGAAAGCUGAAAGUUGGAGUGCUUCACAUUUUUGGUAGUUUUAUUUCAAAUAAAAUUUCAUUUGUUGUUUUAGGCAGGUUUGUAUGGUCUUUUUUGGUGAGGAGAGAGCUAAUUUGUUACUGUAUAGAAAUCUUUAGCAACUUUAACUUUGGGUGGUUUGUGCCCUAUUUUCUUAAAAUAAUGCAUUGAGUUCUUGCUGAAAAUGGCUGAAAUUAGACUUACUAGGUUAGAGGAAGGCCAAACCAAGAUUAAGAAUGUCCCAAUUGCUGUGACCCCUGAAGGUUUUUGGUGUUGUCCCUCUCCUGUUGUAUUCCAAAAGACUCUUAAAUCACAAAAUUCUCUAAACAAAUCCAAAUCAUCCUCCUCACCACCCAAGACAACUUUUCAGAAGAAACAAAUCCCACUAACUGAGAAGAAGCUAAUGACCACCCCAAUAAGGUCAGCAGUUACCUCUGAUGAUCGAAGAGCUUUUACCUCAGAUAAUCCUGGUAUCAGUGCACCAAUUGUUCCUGAGAGGACUCCGAGGCCUAAGGUAGAACAUGUGCCUAGGAAGGUGGCAAUUGAGUUUGGUGAACCAGGAACCAGUGACAUGAAGGUGAUUCUACUUGGAAAGCAAGGGUUUUGUGUGAAACUGAGUGUCCACAAGAAAGUUCUACUGGAGCAUAGCAGUUUUUUCAAUGAUAAACUUUCUGAAAAAGAGUCCGGUUUGUCUUGCCUUGAAAUUGAUGACUGCGAGGAUGUUGAAAUUUAUGUUGAAACUGUGGGACUGAUGUACUGCAAAGAAAUGAAGCAGCGAUUAAUCAAACAAAGUGUUUCACGUGUGCUUCGCAUUCUCAAGGUUGCUGAACUAAUUGGCUUUAGCUCAUGCAUACAAUCAUGCUUGGAAUACUUGGAAGCAGUUCCUUGGGUUGGCGAAGAGGAAGAAGAAAAGGUGGUCUCUUUAGUUUUGCGACUCCAGGGUGAAGGUAUUGGGGUCACCCCAGUAUUAAAACGCAUCUCUUCUGAUGCCUCUAAUCCCCCCAACGACACAAUUUCACACAUAAUGGAACUUGUUCUUAAAAGCAAUGAGGAGAAGGGCCGGCGUGAAAUGAAACCUAUAGUAUUGAAGCUUCUUAGGGAGAAUAAUAGUAUUCCAAGCUAUGCUGGUUCAGCUGACAUCUGUAAUGAAACUGUUUAUACAUCGUGCAGAAGCUGUUUGGAUUCACUUUUGUCUCUGUUCAAGCAAGCGGCUGAACCAGAAUUCACUGAUAAACCCACGGACACUAAAGAACCAGUGGUGAAACAAAUAGCUUUGGAGGCUGAUAAUCUCUCAUGGUUGCUUGAGAUUUUGGCUGAGAGGCAAGCAGCAGAUGAAUUUGCAUUAAUGUGGGCUAGCCAGCAAGAGCUAGUGACAUUACAUUCAAAGCUGCCCAUUGUUUCUCGUUACCAUGUUAGCUGCAUUACAGCUAGGCUAUUUGUUGGAAUUGGAAAAGGGGAGUUGCUACCAGUGAAGGACACUCGUCAGUUGUUGUUACAAACCUGGUUGCAGCCAUUGAUCAAUGACUACAGCUGGUUGCAACAUGGCUGCAGGUCAUUUGAUCGGAAAGUUGUGGACGAAGGCAUAGGUAGGACAAUCCUCACAUUGCCUCUAGAGGAUCAGCAGAGUAUUCUGCUUGCUUGGUUGGGCAGUUUUCUGAAGGCUGGUGACAACUGCCCAAAUCUUCAGAGGGCAUUUGAGGUCUGGUGGCGCAGAACUUUCAUUAGACCUUAUGCAGAUGCCAAGGGCAACGUACUCCAGUCAGACAGCUGAAUGACAUCAAAGCGGUAGACUAAAAGAGAUAACAACACAGGUGAGGCCAUAUGUAAAUUAAUUGGAAUUACCUUUACGGUUUGUGGAGAAUUCACUUAAACUUAAAAUAACAAUGCACUGAAAACGAAAGUAUUUGUGAGUAUUCGUUGGAGAAUUUCUCCAUUACCAAGAGUUGACAUGGCAAGUCUUCGUGGAUGUGGCGUGAUUUCUGUUAACUACUUCAUGCUGAUGGCAAAUGCUUGUCAAAAAGCAUUUGUAACUAUGUUUACUUCUAGAAUUCAGUAUUCCAUAUAUGAAACUUUGGAUUGACGAGUGCUGGUUGAUUGUUUUGACCUGGUAAUUCUCAGAAAGAAAUUUAAUUCAGAGGUUCCUUCCUAUGAAAUUUCCAUCUGGCUUAAUAUAUGGUUGUGCA